AUGGUAUCUGAGACUGGGCAAUGCCUUAUUGAAAGUUCCCACUGCGGAAUAACCACUCAGCUGAUCCUGCAGAUAUUUUUCACAUUUGGUUCACAUCCUCCCUUCUCAGUGGUUGCCUACAACCCUGGAGAAGACCAGAAGCCCUACCUGGACAAGUAUCUGAGGAGGUAUGCUGCCUUGGGGGAUCUGUGCUGCCAAGAGGAGGAGUUACAGGAGGAAGUGAGCAGGCUGUGCAGCAUCAGGGAAGAGGAAAGGGAGAUAGACGGGAUCUUCUCUGAGACUCAACAGCUUGAAGAGCCACCACCCCCAGAGAAGCUGGCAGUGUCCACCCCUAAUAUGAAGGUGAUGGAGCAGCUGAUCCGGGAAACAAUUUCCAGGCACAUGAAUGAUGAGAAAAUCAUCAGGAGUAGUCACCAUGGCUUCACCAAAAGGAAGUCAUGCUUGACCACCUUGAUAAACUUCUACAAUGUAAUGACUGUCCUGGGAGGGUUGGUCUUCAGUCUGGCGGUAGUUGUGGGCUCCCUCCAGAGACUCCUCAGCACAGGCAUCUCCACCCUGAAAGAAGUCAUCACCUUGAAAAAGAAGAGGCUCUUCACGAUCCUGAUCUUGAUGACCCUAGGGGCUCUUGGUCAGUAUUCGCCUCCUACCAGCGGAGGCACAGAGGCACGGAGUGCGAGCUUCAGUGUGCUGCUGGGGCAGCCUGCAGCCAACCUGAGGUCCCUGCGGAACACGCUCGCUCUGUGGGGGGAACAAUCGCAACAGAUGCAACAGCUGAGGGAUGAGGUGGCACGCCUGGCUGCAGAGAUCGGCACUAUGAAGAAGGAAGUUCAGCAAAUGAGAGAGGCAGUGUCUGCAACCACACAGAUGUCUGAUUGGGCUCUGAAAAGUGCAGGGGCUGCCAUCGACCUGCACAGAUCAUCCAGCAGCUCUGCAUGGCUCUGCAGGGUGUUUUGGUUCCUGUGUGCUCCACACGUUCUGGAUACCUUUGUGCAGACGGAUGCUUCCCCGGGAUAUUGCUGGCCUUUCCAAGGGUCUGGGAGUGAGGUGCUAAUCCGGUUGCCUGCACAAGUACGACCAACGGCCGUCACCGUACAGCACGCCUCCAAGAUAGCCUCUCCGCUGGAGACUGUCAGUAGCGCUCCCCGAGAUUUCACGGUCUCUGGACUGGAUGAGGAAGGCGAGGAUGAAACUCUGCUGGGGACAUUCACCUACGCCGUGCACAAAGAGCCCACCCAGACCUUCCCUCUGCAGAAUGGGAACCCCAGAGCCUUUCGGUUUUUGAAACUUGGCAUACAGAGCAACUGGGGAAAACCAGGAUACACCUGCAUUUAUCGCGUGCAGGUGCAUGGGAAGAUCGUGGGAUCGAGUGCCAUCGGCCAGACACGUGUGGAGACCCUCCCUCACUAA